AAAUACUUCAAAAAUUUAUCAUGAUACUUUAAUUGCAAGAUCUUUUAAUAAAAGCAAAAAACCGGAUUGAGUAUUUUAAUGAUAUUAAUCUUGAUAUAAUAGCAUAAUGGGUGGCAGAGUUUAAUGAAUGUGAAAACCUUUUUAAUUAACUAAUUUAAAAUUAGGAUGCUUAAAAAUUCUAAGAAAUUUCAUCAACUCUCUAAAAAUUAAUUAGCGAAAUAGAAAUAAUUAAAACAGAAGGAAUGACUUUAGUUGGUAAAUUUAAACCAUGGAUGAGUGGUAUUGGGAUGAUAGAUUUUCCAUAUGGGUAUAAAAUAUAUGGAUAAAUCACAUUUGGAAUUUUAAAUGGGAAAGGAGUGAUUAUAAAUACAAAAAGUUAAAUGAAAUUAAUAGGAAUAUUUAAUAAUAAUAAAUUAUAAGGGAAUGGAACAAUAAUUCUAAGAAACAAAUAUGAGAUUAAUGCAUAGUUUGAUAAUGGUAAAAUAACAUCAGGUCUAACCUUGAUCAGGUUUUUUAAUGGAGUUUAGAGGGAGUAUUAAAUAUAACUAUUUAAGGAUCACUACUAAUUUAAUAAUUGAUCAAAAUUAAGUCUAAUAUAUGAAUCUUAAUUAUAUUAUUGGAUAAGAUUUUUAAUACAUAGCAGAUGAAUUUAUAUAAAAUCAAAGGCCAUAAAGCUCUUUUAAAAUCCUUUAAAACUAAAAUUUAAUAAAAGAAUACAGAGAUAAAAGACUGAUUAAUGGGAGUGGUUUCAAUGAGAUUCAAGAUAAUGAAAGAUUGCAUGGAAUGUUUUAAGAUGGUGUUUUAAAAGGUUAAGGAAGAUUGACAGAUAGAGAAAAUAAUUUGUAUAAAUAAUUUAAUAAUAAGAAUAUUAAAAGGAGAAUUUGAAAAUAAUAGAUUUAAAAGUGGUAUAAAAUAUUAUUUUCAAUCAUAAAAUAUGUAAUUUUAAUUAAUUAUUAAAUUAGACAUGAAAAUGGCAAUUUUGACGAGAACCGUUUAUUAUAUGGAUAAGGUAUCAGAUAUUACGAUUAUCCGGAUAGGAUGUAAAAUGAUGAAAAUAUAAUAGCCAUGAAUAAGGGCAGUUUAAUAAUGGAUUAUUGCAUGGUGUUGGAGAAAGAUUUUAUAAUUUAUAAAUAAAUGAUUAAGUGAGAAAUAUAAUUAGAUUUAAUUAGGAUGAAACAUUUAGAGAGAUGGGAUAAUUUGAAAAUGGAAUUUUAAUUGAAGGUACAAAGUUUUAUUAAAAUGGAAAUAUGUAAUAUCUUAAUUUUAUAUUUCAGUAAGGAGAAAGGAACAUUUAAUUAGCAGGGUCUUAUAGGUGAAGGAGAAAGAAGACAUUCGAAUGGCUAUAUGUAUUAAAUAUGGUUAAAUUAAGAUGGGAAUAUGGAAUAUUUAAAAAUGGAUUAUUGAAUUCAGAAAAUGAAAAAUCUGGGAGAGUAAAUGAUUAAGGGGUUUUUAUAGAGAUUGGAUAUUUUAUAAAUGGAAGUCUUUAAGGAGAAGGAGAGAGAUACUACAACAAUUAAUAAAAGUAUAUUAUAAAGAAUAUUAAUUGAGAAAAGAAACAGGAUAUUUUAAAGAAGGGUUACUUCAUGGAAAAGGAAUUAAAUAUUAUAAUAAUUAGAAUAAUUAAAUUUAAGAAGAAGGAGUUUACAAAGAUAAUUAAUUACAUUCUCAAGAGAUUUGCAUAUAAUAUUAUGAGGAUGGAUCUAUCAAAAGUCAAGGAUCCUUCUAAAAUGGAUUACUUAAUACUAAUGAUGGAGCUUUGUAUUUCAAUGAAUAUGAAAUGAGAGGUGUUUUUAGAAAUGGACAAGUUAGUGGAACGAUGAGGAUUUAUAAUCGUCGUACUAAUACUGAAUUUGUUAGCCAUGAAUUUCAAGGCAAUGAGAAUUUCUUAAGAUAAGCAUAUGUAAAAGGAGUAUAUAAUUCAAAUAAAUUAAAUACAAAUGCUGAAAGUAGUGAAAAGAGAUAAUAAUGAAUAAAC